AUGCAUCCGGCCACAUUCAGCUACUCACCUAUGGCGUCGGUGAAGGGCCCAGCCGAGUGGGAUGUGGUCGAAAAGCUUGUGGACGAAAUUCUGAAAGAUGGUUUCAUCACAUCGGGCGACCCGAUCUUGCUGAAUCUUUCAGAGGAUUCUGAUUCUGGGGAUCCGAUCCCUCCGUCGUGGCCGACCUCCAUGGAUAGCAGCGUGAAGCCGUUUACCGUGGGCUACUUCAAGGGCAAAACCCGGGUCCAAGUCCUGAUGUGUCUGCUCAGUGUUGCUCGUGACUCGAGCCUCGACAACUACUCAGUUCACCCGAAGCUGCUGGAGACCAUCAAGAAAAUCCACUGCCGCAAGAUUCUGCUUGCUUCCAAGCGGGAAGAAAUGCUGUUCAAUUUCAAGCUGUCCGUGCGCGGAUCGAUCAGAAAAGCCCCAAACAUCAUUACAUGGGUCACCACCAUCAACAACCUGAAGGUGCACGAGCCAAACCUGGAUGUUGCUGAGCUGGUUCCUUGCUCAGCAGUGGUUCUGUAUUCCUGGUACCAUGAACUUGUUGUUUUUAGCCUGCCACCUCUUGUCGGCCUGUCUCCUGCAUCUGAGAUUCGCCAGAACAAUGCUGGCAACUCACGUGCCGGUCAGCUGCUGGGUACAAAGGCAGCUGCAGUCCGCUGCAUCAUGGAACAGUAUGAUGCCCAAGCAGUGACUGCGAUCAUCAACUAUACCCUAGAAAAUGGCCACGAAAGCACCCCGUGGUCAGAUGACAGCCUGUCCUCCAAAAAGUGUCUGCCAGGGUACCAGUUCAAAUCGAACGCAGGACCUGUCUGGCAAGCUCGUGGCAAAGUCACAAAGGUGCUGCGACAGAUCGACAUGUUCCGCAAAAUGCCCCCACCCCUGCGAAAGAAAAUGGACAAGCAGCAGACAGAGGCGCUUGCUGAGGAAGCAGCCUUUGUCAUGACGGUGGUGAAGGAAGUCCAGUCCGUGAUGCCUGUCUCCACGGAGGUGCUUCAGAACGACUGGGUCGACAAGUACCGAUCUGGGGACUCCGAUGUUAUAUUGGAGGUUCAGUCUGCGAUCAUGAACAGGAACUGUCUGAAUGUGCGUGACAUCGGAUCAGUGCAGGCCAUCAUGAAUUCGCAUGCCGCCCCCCUGGCCGGCAACAGCAAUACCGUGGCAGUUCAGAUGUCUGAGCUUCAGGCAAGCACCUUCGAGUUGAAAAUGAAGCAGAUGCAGUACGAUGUCCAGGCCUUGAGGGUAGCCAAGGCGAAGAAGGCAUCAUGGGAAACCCAGGUGUAUCACGCAAAGCUGCAGUACCGGGUGCAAGCCUAUCAAGAGUCGGCCAAGGCUGCACAGCAUUUCAUUAGUUCCAACUGCUGCCUGCUGCACUACACCAAGCCCGACAAGCUUACGUUUGGCAUCAACAACUUCGUCAGGGAGCAAUGCAACAAGUUCAAGUUGGAUCCCAACGCAUGCCUGGUGUACUUGAACUGGUCUGCCCCGAGCACGUUGAAGAAGGCAACCAAGGCGGCCCAGGUUGCUGCCUGUCAAUCAGUGCUUGGGCUGUCAGAACGAAAUAUCGGCAUCCUGCUGCAGCCUGAGUUCACCCACAAGAAGAACCAACUGUGGAUGGUGGAGAAUGCACACCUGAAGGACCUGGCUACAGCUGGAUUGUCCGUCGACAAGAGCUUCAUCCUCAUGUUCAAGGACAAGGUGGACAUGCGCGACAACCUCAGGCCACUGAACUAUCGAGGCAGAAUUCUUGAAGGUGCCAUUCAGAAAGUCGCCAACAAGGACAGCUUCUGGAAAAACUCAAGCCUGAUCCGGGACGGGCGAACAGAGCCUGCCACGCAAGUCCAAGGCAAGGACCUUGUCGUCAUCGAGCACGCAGACGAGGAGGGCGACCUAGCACUCAUGGACGAGAACGACAGAAAUGCGAUCCAAGGUGGCUACAGGGUGGAGCAGGUGGGGCCCAGUGCGUGUGAGAAAAUCCUGUCGGGGAUGUUCUCCGACCUGGCCUUGACUGGCCGGGCGGGCGUGUUCAUCGUUGACCUCAACAUAUCGGUCGGCGAUAUGUUCUCUGCGUUCACAAAUUUGCGUGGGAAGUACAAUUUCCCAGUGUAUUACCUGGGUGCCACUGACAGCGCCGAGACCCUGGAUUGGUUCCAGGAGCAUAAGACUGAGUCUCGAUUGCUUCAGAUUCAUCUGCUGAUUUCACAGAUUGGCUGGCGAGGAUGCACUUGA